CUUUAGUGGCUUUGCUCAUGGCAGUCAUGGGCGGGGUCGAGGCAGGCUUCCCGAGCGUCACGCCCACUGUAGGAAGUGUGUGGCCCCGCCCCCUCGCCUGGGAAACUCGGGACACCUAUUACGUCAUCCGACCUGACGCCUUCAAAUUCGUCCCUUCUACCGGCUCGUGCACCAUUCUGACGGAGGCCCUGAAGAGGUACGAGAGCACUAUGUUCAACAACACGCGGGGAAAUAAGAUGAGUACAGGAGAGGAAUGGGAGGUGAAAAACGAAUUCCGAGGUUACCUGGACGCUGUCAAGGUUGACAUUUCCAUCUGCGAAGAUCAUCCCCACGAAAAUAUGGACGAGUCCUAUGUGAUUGAGUUGAGUCCCAGUUACAUCGGCAACGGAACCAUCGCCGCCAACACGGUCUGGGGCGUCCUGCGUGGUCUUGAGUCCUUCUCCCAGCUGCUGGUUCCUGCAGGGAGCUCCUUCACCAUCAACGUGACUGCCAUUGCCGACGAACCUCGCUUUAGUUACAGGGGUCUCAUGUUGGACACGGCGCGCCAUUUCCUGCCCGUAAGUAAACUCAAGGAAAACCUAGACCUGAUGGCGAUGAACAAGCUGAAUGUGUUCCACUGGCACCUCGUGGACGACCAGAGCUUCCCCUACGAGAGCGUUGCCUUCCCCGACCUCAGCAAGCUCGGGGCAUACAGCAGUAGCCACGUGUACAGCGCCGCGGACGUGGCGGACAUCGUGGAGUACGCCAGGCUGAGGGGCAUUCGCGUCCUGCCUGAGUUCGACACUCCAGGUCACACGCAAUCGUGGGGACCAGGCCAGCCGGGACUUCUGACCACAUGCUACACGAACUCCACCCCGGACGGCACCUUCGGCCCGAUCGACCCCGCGAACGAUGCCAACUAUGACUUCCUGAAGAGCUUCUUCACCGAGGUCACGCAGCGCUUCCCGGACCACUACGUUCAUCUGGGCGGCGAUGAGGUCGACUUCUCCUGCUGGAAGAGUAACCCAAACAUCACUCAAUUUAUGGCACAGCACAAUAUCACGGGCGACUACAGUAAACUCGAGGAGGUCUAUGUAAAAAAACUGCUUGACAUCGUUGCCAAUCUCCCUACCAAGAAUGGGUACUUUGUGUGGCAGGAGGUUUUCGACAAUGGUGUGGACAUCGCCAAGGACACAGUCGUCCACGUGUGGAAGAACGAAAAUGUUCCAGCUGCGUGGAAGAAAGAACUUGAUCAGGUCACCGGCGCUGGUUAUCAGACAGUACUGUCGUCGUGCUGGUACCUGAAUUACAUCAGCUACGGCGUCGACUGGCACAAGUACUACGAGUGCGACCCCCAGGAAUUCAACGGCACGACGGCACAGCAGCAGCUAGUGUUGGGCGGUGAAGCGUGCAUGUGGGGCGAGUACGUGGAUCGUACCAACCUGAUCUCCCGCACCUGGCCGCGGGCCGCUGUUGUGGCGGAGAAGCUGUGGAGCGCCACCGAGCACACCGCCGACACCGCCGCCGCCACGCCCCGCCUGGAGGAACACCGCUGCAGACUUCUCGCCAGAGGCUUCGACGUCGAGCCGCUUUGGCCGUCCUUCUGCCCGGAUGACCUUUAGGCGGAGUGGAAGGAGGACAUCUGCGAAUUCCUCGCCAGAGCUACGAUGUCGAACCGGUCUGGUGCCGGUCGACCAUUUAUCCAGAUAAUCUUGAUUAAAUAAACCACUAAGUGGA